AUGGCAGAACGAAAAGCAUCCGCAGGAGGCUCUCCCAGGCACGGCCACGGCUCAGGGCCUUCGUUCCCGCCUCAUAAUUCUCCAAGGACAUGGUUCCUGACGCAGGCGCUAUCACCACUAGCCGUACGGCUGAUGAAGCUGCUCCUCGCUCAUGGGGACUAUGUGGUGGCCUGUCUACCGCCGCAAGAGAUAGAAGACGAGGAGCGAAGUGCUGAAUUCAAAGAGCUGAUCAACGAGUGCAAGAGCAGUCGAAAAGGCCGAGAGGGCUGGAAGGAUCGCAUACGAGGGAUACGAUGUGACGGCAGGUCCAUGGGCCUAUGUAGGGCAGCGGUUGCGGAGGCUAUCCUGCAUUUCGGGAAAAUUGAUAUCCUGCUGUGCUGCAAAUUUGAAGCGGUGGUUGGCACGGUCGAGGAACUCUCAACAACGCCUGCAACCCAGAAUCUCGUGCGCGAUCAGUUCGAGACGAUCUACUUCUCCCAGGUCAACUUCAUCAAAGCUGCGCUCCCGCAGCUUCGGGCUCAGCAGACCGGGCACAUUAUCAUCCUGACCAGCAUCGGAGGACACAUUGGCACCCCCGGGAUGGCUACCUACACGGCGGCGACGUGGGCGCUGGAAGGAUUCUGCGACUCUCUGGCAUAUGAGAUCGGACCAUUCAACCUCAAAGUGACGAUCGUGCAGCCCAACAAGGAGAUACUGGACCUGACCAACAAGAUUAUCUUUGCACCACAGCUGCCAUGCUACGAUAGCGAGCUCAAUACUGUCGGCGCACCGUCAAUCCGCGACAUGCUCACCAAGGCCCUAAACGAGAAUCCAGAGACGGCGAUCGAGCCCUGGGAGACGGAAAUCGUGCACCGCUUCACGAAGCUGCCCUCGGCCUCGUACGACCAGCUCCUCAUGGAGACCAUUUACGUGCUCACGGCAAUUGGAGGUGAAGAGAACCCGCCCGCGAGGCAUAUUGUCGGGUUCGAGGGUGCGAUUGCGGUCAGGGAAAAGCUCAAGACCGUUACAGAGGAGCUGGAGGAUUUCGUCGAGGCCAGCGUGGCGGUGGAUAUAUUCGAGAGCCAACUCAACGCCGAGGCGAGGGCAGGUAAGGCGCCCGAGACGGGCGAGGGCACGGAUGCUCACAUGUCGGGGGCAUAG